GGCUCCUAUAAAGGCGCUGAGAUUUUGCCAAGGGGAAGACGGUCCGGCUGGGUUUCGACAGGCAGGCGCUUGUCCGGGAGAGAGCGCCUCGCAGAGUCUCAGGCAGCCGCCGCCUCCCCCCACCCGCACCCCCGUUCCCGCCUCCGUCUCCACCCGCGCCUCUGCGCCUCGUCUGCUGCCAUCUCUGCAGAUCGCAUCUCCCUUCCUCUCCGCCGUCCCCCCUGGUUCACUUUCCUCCCUCCCAGCCACCCGCGGCUGCCGCUGCCUCCCCCUCCUCCCCCUCCUCCUCCUCCUCCUCCUCGCCGUCCUCCUCCUCCUCCUCCCCUGCACCUCUUCCUUCUCUUCCUCCAGCGCAGCCCUCUCCCGUCCUCCUCGCUCCCCUCUUGGUCCAGCCCAGCCAUCUCUCCCAGCGCCGCCCGCCGGCGAGCCCUGGGCCGCCCAUGAUGGGCUCCGUGCUCCCGGCUGAGGCCCUGGUCCUCAAGACAGGGCUGAAGGCUCCAGGGCUGGCGCUGGCAGAGGUCAUCACCUCCGAUAUCCUACAUAGCUUCCUCUACGGCCGAUGGCGCAACGUGCUGGGCGAGCAGCUCCUGGAAGACAAGAGCCACCACGCCAGCCCCAAGACGGCCUUCACCGCCGAGGUCCUGGCACAGUCUUUCUCGGGUGAGGUGCAGAAGCUGUCCAGCUUGGUGCUGCCGGUGGAGGUGAUCAUCGCCCAGAGCUCGAUCCCUGGCGAGGGCCUCGGCAUCUUCUCCAAAACGUGGAUCAAGGCGGGCACCGAGAUGGGCCCCUUCACCGGCCGCGUCAUUGCCCCUGAACACGUGGACAUCUGCAAGAACAACAACUUGAUGUGGGAGGUGUUCAAUGAAGACGGUACGGUGCGGUACUUCAUCGAUGCCAGCCAGGAGGACCACCGCAGCUGGAUGACCUACAUCAAGUGUGCCCGGAAUGAGCAGGAGCAGAACCUGGAGGUGGUCCAGAUCGGCACCAGCAUCUUCUACAAGGCCAUCGAGAUGAUCCCCCCCGACCAGGAGCUGCUGGUGUGGUACGGGAACUCCCACAACACCUUCCUGGGCAUCCCUGGGGUGCCGGGGCUGGAGGACGAGCAGAAGAAGAACAAACACGAGGACUUCCACCCCGGGGAUGCGGCUGCGGGCACGGCGGGCCGCAUGCGCUGCGUCAUCUGCCAUCGCGGCUUCAACUCGCGCAGCAACCUGCGCUCGCACAUGCGCAUCCACACGCUGGACAAGCCCUUCGUGUGCCGCUUCUGCAACCGCCGCUUCAGCCAGUCGUCCACGCUGCGCAACCACGUGCGCCUGCACACGGGCGAGCGCCCCUACAAGUGCCAGGUGUGCCAGAGCGCCUACUCGCAGCUGGCCGGCCUGCGCGCCCACCAGAAGAGCGCGCGCCACCGGCCGCCCAGCGCCGCGCUGCAGCCGCACUCGCCCGCGCUCCCCGCGCCGCACGCGCACGCGCCCGCGCUCGCCGCCGCCGCCGCCGCCGCCGCCGCCGCCGCGCACCACCUGCCGGCCAUGGUGCUGUGAGCGGCGCGCGGGGCCCGCGGGGCGCCCGGGAGGAGCCCCACGCUGGGGCGCGCCUCCGCCUACCAGCUGCUGUGGUUGUUCAGCUGUCUCCUCUUUUGGGGGGACAGGGGCCCCCACCACCGGCUGCACCCCCGAUCUCCCUCUUCCUGGGGGUCGUCCCACUCGAGGGUGCCAGGGGAAGGGACCCAAGGUCUCCAAGGGCCCUCGGCGGGUUAAGGGGCAUCCCCGCCUUCGCCCUUAGAGAACUCCGUGUUUGGGAACCGAGGCAGAGCGACCUCCCUCCUGGUGCCCGUUCGCCCAGGGACUGGCGGCGGGGGGGGGGGGGGGGGCGUCUCUGCGUUUUGGGGGUGCCUGCCAGGAGAGACGAGGCCCAAGGAGAGCCUUGAGCGCCGGGAUCCGUGGGGAUCCAGGAGCAGCCAGCAGGGGCCUGGAACCUGUCAGAGCGCGACGGGUCUCCGGUCCCCGCGCCCACGUGCCCUCGCCCCUACCCGUGUGUCCCCAGCUCCGGCCGCGGGCGCCCUCUGGCGUCGUCCUCCGGCCCCCAGCCACUAAGCCCAAUUCCCAUCGCGCGUUUUGUAAAAAGAAACUAUAAUAUUAAUUAAAAGUAUAAAGUGUAUAGAGUUUUCCAGAAACUGUGUUCUACUUCCAGAAAAUGGUCACUUUACCUUUGUACAUAAUUAUCUAAAUAUUUACAAAACUGUGAUAUAUAUUGAUUGUAUAUGUACACCUGUAAAUACAUUUGUACCUCUUGUAUUCUAAAAUAAAAAUAACUUGGAACAUUUCUCCCUUGGCGUGUGAGCACGC